CUGCAGUGCCACCUGCGGACCGCUGCUGCUCUUGUUCAAAUCAUCUUGGAAGAGAGAUGACAGAGGUAUGAGGGUACGACCGCCGGCGGAUAAUUGAAACCCACUGGUAUCUGUGAUGAACAAAUAGUGAUUUCGAUAAAUGGCCGCAGAGAGACAACAGUCCAAACACUGCGGAUGAUUCGGAGAUGGGACAAACACGGUUGUUCUUGGAUGCAUAUCGCUUUGAAACCAGCUUCACAUCACCGAUUUAUUGCUUUCGAUUCCCGAUCGGACUGUGCAGCUGAUCGGCUUUGAGUGACAGUCCUGAUAUUUCCGUCCGCACCUGGUGACAUGAGAGGUUCCAGGAGACGCUGAUGGAGCUGCAGGAGUUGUGCUGGCUGUGCUCCGUGGGGCUCUUUCUAACCUCUUUGCUCAUUGUGCUGGGAUGGCUGCUCCAGUACUUGCUGACCGUACUGCGCCUGUGGAGAUCCAAGAAGACGGCAGGGCGAGACAAGAGAGAUCCACCCCGGCAGCAGCUCCCCCUCACACAGCACCGCCAAAGCCCGGCUGGAGGUGUGUGGGGAUUCUUGCUGAAGCUCCGCUCGGGCCGGGAUGGAGGACCCAUGCCCGAGGCCGGGGUCAAAGGCUUGUUGACCUCUCUGUUCUCCUUUAAGUCCUUCAGGGAGCACUGGCAGAGGACCUGGGUCAAAGCUCUGAAUGAGCAAGCCUGCAGGCAUGGGAGCUCCAUCCAGAUCACCUUUGACAGCAGUCUCCAGUUAACUGCUGCUUCUGCAAUAGAUAGUGUGACCUGCACUGACCAAUCGGCUAAUCGUAUGGUUUUGCACUGUAACUGUCGGGUGGACACAGUGACGUUUCCUGUGACAGUCACUCAGCAGUCGCCAGCUGCCAUUUCCAUGGAGACCUAUCAGAUCACUAUCACACCGAUGGUGGCUAAGGUGGUGGUGUGUCUGGAGGAGGUGGAGGACGAGGGUCUUCUGAUGUCCUGGACUCUUUCCAAGCAGCCAUCCUUUGCUCUGAGUGCAUCUCCAUGCAAGCUACAGAGACAAGGAUCUAAGGUGGGUGCAGACGUGGACAUGAUUAAGGGACUGAUAGAGGAUACUCUGUUCAGCACCCAGCCGGCCAUGGUCCUGAACCUCAAGACAUGCGCAUCCAGCUCUCCGGCUGCCAUGGACCAUUUAUCAGUGAGAUUAAACCCGAAUGUCUUGGUGAAACGACUAAUGCUGCGGCAGCUCAGGGCGACCUUAAAUAAAGAUCACUGGUCUAGAUCAGGGGAGCUGUGCUGUGUCCUCAGCCUGGACCAACCCUCCACAGAGCGGUCGACAUCCUUCCUGCCUGUGCCCAGCAACCCCAACGUCCCGCUGGAAUGGAGCGAAGAAAUCACUCUGGAGUUGGGUCAUGUGACCAAAGAGAUGAGAGUAAGACUGCUGGAGCGGAAUGGCGAAAAGGAACGAUUCCUGCCCGGCCAUGCCUGCAUCGCCUUGGACCUCCGCUGCAAAGUGCCCACUGGACAACAUACGCUGUCGAUAAGUCCUGACCGCGGCCUGGCGCCCAUCGCUACCGUCAACGCAGAGCUGCAUUAUGUGGAAAUCGAGGCGCCCCGCAGUGCCCACAAUGCUUUUCCACUUCGUUCCUCACCCACCCCCUCCAAGAAGGUCGACGUGGACCGGACUGUCAUGCCAGACGGAACCAUCGUCACCACUGUCACGACUGUCCAGUCUCGACUGAAACUGGACAGCAGCCCAGGUGAUUCUCCUCUGCGUUCGCCGUCUAAAGUGGAGGUGACUGAGAAGAAAGCCACAAUCCUGUCAGAUGGCAGAUGCAGCACAAGCCCCAACCUCAGCAUGAGCAGCCGCCUCUCUAACGGCCUGGAUCCUGUUGCAGAGACAGCCAUUCGCCAGCUGACAGAGUCCGCCUCCAAAGCAGCACGCAAGACGCCAACAAAGAGGAGCACCCUGAUCAUCUCGGGCGUCACAAAGGUUCCACUCUCAGAAGACGACUGUGCGUUAUCGAGCGGCUACGCUGCAGCAAUGGACGCAGCCAUGCAGGGAAACCACUGCGGGACGGGGCAUCGCCAGGAACCAGAUGACACCACACCCUCGGACGUGUCGGAGCGUCCCUCCGUGGACGAUGUGGAAUCGGAUACUGGUUCUACUGGCGGCUUGGAGACUCGCAGCCUCAAGGACCAUAAAGUGGGCUUCCUACAGAGUGGGACGAAGCUGUUGUUCCGCAGAAGACAUCGAGAGAAGGAGUCCUGCCUCAGCCAGUCGCAUGAGGACAUCUCCGACAUGGGCAAUAACUUUGCUGCUGCCGCCAACAUCAGCCGUAAAAAGUCUGGCAGCUUCUCCCGGCGUCUCAUCAAACGCUUCUCUUUCCGCUCAUCGGGCAAAUCAAAAAGCAAAGCCACCAACGGAGGAGUGAGCUCGUUGGAUAACUAAUUAUCAUUGUUAGGGCGAUGGAGGGGGUCCCUAACACCGCAGGUGGAUUUCCACCAGUACAUUUUGAAAAGAGGAUACCUUUUACUCUGGAUAAAGAUCAUUGCACCUUCAAGAGAGAAGUCAUGUUCCAUCACAUCGAAGAAGUUGAAAUGUGAAAUGUAUUGCUUCAACAACAGAUGAAGCUGCUGCUCAAGGAAGAGAUAAUAAUCACAAUGAAAUGUCUUGUGCCCUGUUUGAACACAAUCUAUAGUGGGAGUGUUUGAUUGUGACCGAUGGUUAAAACGACAACAGAUGCCAGUAAGAAACUCGGUUACACUUGGGGCUGUUUUUGUAACGGCACAUGAAAAAUUCUUCAGUUGUAGAACAGUAACUUAUUAUUGUGUUGGUCUCAUCAAACAAGUGCUAUUUAAUUUACCUUGCAAAAAAAAAGUCAUCGUAGUUGCAUUACACAGUAAAAUAGGGACAUUGCUGUUCGUUUUUCAUGAAAAUGUCAUUAUAAACACAUAGUUAAGCACGCUGACAAAUCAGUCUAAAUAUUGCAGUCCAUUCAUUAUUGCUGAUGUAUUGGUUUUAGAAUGUUAUUUAAUGUUGUAUCUUAUAUAAGAAGGAAACAAGUUAAUAUAUUGUACUAUUUUAUAAAGGUACUUUCUGUGGAAUAUCAUAAUGCAUUUCAGUUCACCUUUGAAACUACAACCAGCUAGAAUCUCUCAUGGGCUCUUCAAGCCAGGCAAUACGUUUUGAGUUUUUCAGUCAAUAAGAAAACAAUUAAGUUUAUCAUAUGUCCACACAUUAUGGACACUUCAGUUGCUGCUCAUUGGGACUUAAAUAUUGCAAUAACUAUCAUUUUUGUGCAGCCAGACUAUAUUAUAUUGUACAAAAUGCCUCACAUUGGUAGCAGCCAAAUUCGUUUGCAGGAAAUGCUGACAAUGAUAAUCAUACAUAAUAUAGCAAAACCUAUUCUGAAUCCAGGAGCAUUAUCAUAAUGCGUUUCUCAUAGAUUGUAUAUAAUACGGAAUUUCUUUUAGAAUAAAUGCAGGUCUCACGUGAGUGAUGAUAUUACAACAGCUAUGUGGUUUAAAUUGUGAAAAUGUAACUUUGAAGUCUCCGGCAAGGUUUCAGAGAUACUCUGCUGUCACUGUGAGCAACUAUUGUCAAAGUUUACGAAAAGGUGCUGAGUGGAGUUGACAUACUCAGGGCUGGAAAUUAAACUGCAACAAGCAACUUAAGAUAUGAGGAAACCUGUACCAAAAGCAAACAGAACCAGUAUCUAAAAAUGUACAUACAAUUUUGUCAAUUUGUGCUUUUGACAGAAUCUCAAAUACUGUAACAGAAUUCGUUGAAUAUGGGACCUUAAAAUAAUAAAUUAUUUGAUUUUGCUAAUGCUUCCAGGAUUAUUUUUAGUAAUAGAAUAGCAAUUAAAACAGAUCACAGAUGUGCAAAAUUUAAGAAAUGUACAAUUUCUGUUGUCACAUUCGAAAUGUUUAAUUUUUUGCAAAUAAAUUAUUUUUGGAGCA